ACAGCUUCUACAGCCCAGUGUGUCUCUCUCCUUCGCCACCAGCAUGAGGUUCAAGUUUCCUCUCCUGGCCAUAGGCCUGGAGGUCGCCAUGAUCGUUUUAUUUGCAAAAUUUGUUCGAUAUGAGACAUAUCCACAAGUCCCCCAGCAAGGCAACAUCACCAGACCUACAGCAAUGGACAGAUUCCUUCCGCUAUAUCCUCUAUUUCAAGACGUGCAUGUGAUGAUAUUCGUUGGCUUCGGCUUCCUCAUGACCUUCCUGAAGAAGUACGGCUUCGGGGGUGUGGGCUUCAACCUCCUCCUGGCGGCCCUGGGCCUGCAGUGGGGCACCCUGGUCCAGGGGCUCCUUCACAGCUGGGGGCAGGCGUUUGCCAUCGGAAUCGAGAACAUGAUAAAUGCGGACUUCAGUACAGCCACAGUUCUGAUUUCUUUGGGAGCCGUCUUGGGGAAAACGAGUCCCAUCCAAAUGCUGAUCAUGACAAUUCUAGAAAUCACUGUCUUUGCUGGCAAUGAGUAUCUGGUUGGUAACAUAUUCAUGGCCUCCGAUAUUGGUGCAUCAAUGACAAUCCACGCUUUUGGGGCUUACUUCGGCUUGGCUGUCGCUGGUGUCUUGUACAGAUCGGGCCUGAGAAAGGGGCAUUGGAAUGAAGAGUCGGUGUACCACUCAGACUUGUUUGCCAUGAUUGGGACCAUUUUCCUCUGGGUAUUUUGGCCGAGCUUCAACUCAGCCAUUGCUGAGCCCGGAGACGCCCAGUACAGAGCCAUUGUCAACACGUACUUCUCCCUCGCUGCCUGCGUGAUCACAGCCUUUGCCUUGUCCAGCCUCGUCCAGCACCGAGGCAAGCUUGAUAUGGUGCACAUCCAGAAUGCCACCCUGGCCGGGGGAGUCGCGGUGGGCACCUGUGCGGACAUGGAGAUCCAGCCGUUCGCAUCCAUGGUCAUUGGGAGUGCGGCGGGAAUGGUCUCUGUGCUCGGAUACAAGUUCCUGUCUCCACUGCUUGCUACCAAGCUGAGGAUCCAAGAUACCUGUGGCGUCCAUUAUCUGCACGGCUUACCUGGUGUUAUGGGCGGCCUGGCCAGUAUCGUGGCGAUAGCCAUGAACGUGCCCAGCAAAUCUUCCAUGGCUAUGCAGGCAGCAGCCCUGGGUUCUUCGGUGGGGACGGCCGUCGCUGGUGGACUCAUUACAGGUUUAAUUCUAAGGAUACCUAUUUGGGACCAGGCACCUGAUGAAUACUGUUAUGAUGAUGCUAUUUACUGGAAGGUCCCUAAGCACAGAGAACUUGACGAUCAAUUCCCUGCACUCGAGGACCACACGCAGCAGAAACCUGAGGUCUAAAUUGCGUUCCUGUGCUCCUACUUCCUUCACCAUCA